GAACCCGGAAGUGGGUAGGCGCGGGAGCGAGCGCGCCCGGAGCGGAGCUCGGCGGCAGGGAGCCAGCGGGGGAGCCCUGGGUUCCCGACCAUGAAACCCACGGGCACGCCCCUCCAGAAGCUGUUGUCCAAGACAAUCUAGUUUUCCUUUAUAAAUCUCAUAAAAACCCUUAUGAAGUUUCUUGUUCUGAAAUUGCUGUACUGCGAUGAAGAAAAGGAGAAAGGUUACUUCAAAUCUUGACGAGAAGAUCCAUCUGGGCUACCAUAAAGAUUCUUCAGAAGGAAAUGUUGCAGUGGAGAAUGACCAAGUGACCCAUACUCAUUCUACAGAAAGACCGACUCCUGAAGCUCUCCACUGUUACCAGGAACUUCCUCCCUCUCCAGAUCAGAGAAAGCUUUUAAGUUCCUUGCAGUAUAAUAAAAAUUUGCUAAAGUAUUUAAAUGAUGAUAGGCAGAAGCAACCAUCUUUCUGUGAUUUACUAAUUGUAGUAGAAGGAAAAGAAUUUAGUGCACAUAAAGUAGUCGUUGCUGUUGGUAGUAGUUAUUUUCAUGCCUGUUUGAGUAAAAAUCCGAGUACUGAUGUUGUCACUCUGGAUCAUGUAACACAUUCAGUUUUUCAGCAUUUGCUUGAAUUUCUUUACACAUCAGAAUUUUUUGUGUACAAAUAUGAAAUACCUCUCGUUUUAGAGGCUGCAAAAUUUUUGGAUAUUAUAGAUGCAGUAAAGCUACUAAAUAAUGAAAAUGUUACCACUUUUCAGUCAGAGCUAACUGAAAAGUCAUCACCAGAAGAAACACUAAAUGAACUAACUGGAAGACUAUCCAAUAAUCAUCAGUGCAAAUUCUGUAGUAGACAUUUUUGUUAUAAAAAAUCCUUAGAGAAUCAUUUGGCUAAAACUCAUAAGUCCCUCUUAUUAGGGAAGAAACAUGGGUUAAAAAUGCUGGAGAGAAGUUUUUCAGCAAGAAGAUCAAAAAGGAAUCGGAAGUGCCCUGUUAAGUUUGAUGACACCAGUGACGAUGAACAGGAAAGUGGUGAUGGGUCAGACAAUUUGAAUCAAGAAAGCUUUGAUAAGGAAAAGUCUGAUAGAAAUGAUUCUGAGGAUCCGGGAAGUGAAUAUAAUGCCGAAGAAGAUGAGCUAGAAGAGGAAAUGUCAGAUGAAUAUUCCGACAUUGAAGAACAAAGUGAAAAAGAUAAUGAUGCUGAAGAAGAGGCUGAUGCUGGUGAUGCUGUAGGAAACAUCCGCGAAGGGUUGACUCCAGUUGUCAUUCAAAACAGUAACAAAAAAAUAUUGCAGUGUCCUAAAUGUGAUAAAACAUUUGACCGAGUAGGAAAAUAUGAAAGCCACACCCGUGUGCACACAGGCGAGAAGCCCUUUGAGUGUGACAUUUGUCACCAACGCUACUCCACAAAGUCUAACCUAACUGUUCACAGAAAGAAGCACACCAGUGAAACAGAAUUUCAUAAGAAGGAGCACAAGUGCCCUUAUUGUAAUAAACUUCAUGCAAGCAAGAAGACUUUAGCCAAGCAUGUAAAGAGAUUUCAUCCUGAAAACGCACAAGAAUUUAUUUCCAUUAAGAAGACUAAGAGUGAAAGUUGGAAAUGUGAUAUUUGUAAGAAAUCUUUUACUCGAAGACCACACUUGGAGGAACAUAUGAUUCUGCAUUCUCAAGAUAAACCUUUUAAAUGCACCUACUGUGAAGAACAUUUCAAGUCAAGGUUUGCACGGUUAAAGCAUCAGGAAAAGUUCCAUCUGGGUCCUUUUCCAUGUGAUAUAUGUGGUCGGCAGUUCAAUGACACUGGAAAUUUGAAACGCCAUAUAGAAUGUACUCAUGGUGGAAAGAGAAAAUGGACUUGUUUUAUUUGUGGGAAAUCAGUGAGAGAAAGAACUACUUUAAAAGAACAUUUGCGAAUUCACAGUGGAGAAAAGCCUCAUCUUUGUAGUAUCUGUGGGCAGAGUUUUCGACAUGGAAGUUCAUACAGACUUCACUUACGAGUACAUCAUGAUGAUAAGCGAUAUGAAUGUGAUGAAUGUGGGAAAACAUUUAUUCGUCAUGACCACCUCACUAAGCACAAAAAAAUACAUUCAGGUGAAAAGGCUCAUCAGUGUGAAGAGUGUGGAAAGUGUUUUGGUCGGAGAGAUCAUCUCACUGUUCAUUACAAAAGUGUGCACCUUGGAGAAAAAGUGUGGCAAAAAUAUAAAGCGACAUUUCAUCAGUGUGAUGUUUGUAAGAAGAUUUUUAAAGGAAAAUCAAGUUUGGAAAUGCAUUUUCGGACACAUUCAGGUGAAAAACCAUACAAGUGUCAAAUUUGCAAUCAGUCUUUUAGAAUUAAGAAAACUUUAACAAAACACCUAGUUAUUCAUUCUGAUGCCCGACCUUUCAACUGUCAGCACUGUAAUGCAACAUUUAAGCGGAAAGACAAGCUAAAAUACCACAUUGACCAUGUUCAUGGAAUUAAGUCUCCUGAUGAUCCUCUCAGUACUUCUGAGGAAAAACUUGUGUCUUUGCCAGUGGAGUACUCAUCGGAUGAUAAAAUCUUUCAAACAGAAACAAAACAGUAUAUGGACCAGCCCAAAGUUUAUCAAUCAGAAGCCAAGACUCUCUUACAGAAUGUAUCUGCUGAAGUGUGUGUUCCGGUAACACUGGUUCCAGUUCAGAUGCCUGACACUCCAACUGAUCUGGUUCAACAUACUACUACACUUCCACCAUCCUCUCAUGAGAUCCUGUCACCACAGCCACAGCCCACUGAUUAUCCACGUGCAGCUGACUUAGCUUUUCUGGAAAAAUAUACUCUUACUCCUCAACCUGCAAAUAUAGUUCAUCCAGUCCGACCUGAACAAAUGCUGGAUCCUAGAGAUCAGUCUUAUCUUGGAACACUACUGGGCCUUGAUAACACUACCGCUGUUCAAAAUAUUUCUGCUAAUGAACAUCAUCCAUGAGAAAACAUUCCACAUACUGUUUGAUGGUUAUGUGUAAUGAUAGCCAAAAGCUAGUGGCUUUUAAAUCAUUAGGGCUGCUAUUAUUAUUAUUUUGAAUUUUCUCUAGUUUCUCAAGUCCUCAGAACAAUUUCAAGAAAACUAUUAAUUGAACGUAUAGAUGUUUGGACAUACUUUGGCAUAAUAUUUAAAUGUUUUGUGAUUUUUUAAAUUAGUACUAAUUUUUAACGGUUCUUAAAUUUUCAGAAUUAUUAGCUGCUGGCAUUAUAGGGUGUUUUUUUGUAAUCAUAACUGCAAAUUUUUAUUCUUUAGUCCCCUUUUUUCUCUUUCCCAUCUGCAAAUAAGUUUAAAGAUCAUGUAGCCAUUAAGAAGGAAUGUGAGAAUGUAUUGAAAUUGCAACUGUUCUGUAUCCUAAUUUAAGAUUUAUUAUUAUUUCAUCUAGAUUUUUAAAAUUGAAAUUAGAAAUUCAAAGAUAUAGGAAAGUUUGGGAUAUUUCUUUGUUGUCUUGACAUCUAUCCAUAAUUUUUGGUUAUCAUUCUCCUUUGGACUUUAGAUAAACUCAAAGCCAGAAAGAUAACAGGCAAGAUGAGCAUGUUAAAAAAAAGUUUAGCAUUGAAAUGAUAUUCCCAAAAGGUUAAUUUUGUUUAUAUUUGAAUUACAAUGAGCAAGUGGCAAACAUAGAUUUAGACAUUGACUUAUGCAAGCUGAAAAUGUAUUGAAAGAAAAAUAUGCCAUCUUUAACUAGAUAUCUUCAAGGUAAGUUCACUUUUUGUACUUUAUCAUUUAUCACAGAAACAUUAACAAUAUAACACAGCAUGUAUCUUCAUCUCACUAAGUAAGGGGCUGUUAUAACUAAUGCCACUUAUUUUACCAUGCUACUUUGGGUUUUAUUUGUCUAAUUGAAACUGGGAAUCAGAAUCUACAUAUAUUAUGUGUGAUUGUUAGAAAGUGCCAAACAGAUUGUGAAAUUUGCACCUAAUUUAACCUAAUAUUGUUUGAGUGGAACUACUACUACUUGUGUACAGAUUUACAUCCAAUCCAAAUCUUUAUUUUUGGUUUUGUAUAAGCCUUCUAAUAUCUAUAAUUAUCCUUGAUUCUUAUUUUUGUAUGCGACAAAAGUCAAGGACUUGUUGAAAAGUAAUAGCAAUUGCAGCAAACCUCACUGAUUAAAUUCAAUUAAGGAAAGAUCAGAAUUAUAAGAUACUUUUAAAGAUGUGCACUUUGCAUAUUUUCAAGUCAAUUUAGUUAAACUAGCAUAAUGUUUCCUAUAGGGUGCUCGAGGAUUAGUCUAGGCAGGAUUGAUUUACUAUUAACAUGCUAUUUGUAUAUAAAAGAUUGGACAAUACCAAUUUUAAAAGUUCUCUGUUUCAGUUUUUGUUUACACUUCUAAUUGCUUUAAGCACUUUUUUUGUGUGUAAACUGUUGUUUGGCCUGGCCCUUGUGAAAAAAAAAUCACAAAUAAAAUAAAGAACUUUCAAUAAAUAAAAUUUAACCAGUUAGUAAUAGAGGAAACUGUUAAAGCACUUAAGAAAUGAAGGUACUUUUUAGGAACAUUUGCCAUAUUGAUAAUAAAAGAAAAAACAUGUUGAAAAUUGAGGCAGUUAACCAAAGUAGUUGAUGCAAAUAAAAAAACCCUGAGUUUUGCCUUAUUUACCAAGGUUUGGUUGUAUCUUAGGACUAGUAGGCAUAAUUGCUCUAUUAUUUCUUCUUUUUAAAGCAUUCUUAUUUACUUUGUGUGGAAAUGUAAUAUUUGGGGGUACUCACAUGAUUGAGCUUAAUUAUAUGAGGUACUAUUAGUUAAUUCUUAAAAUUGAUUGCAAAAAUAUAUCUUUUGAUUUUUAUCAUAAAAACUGACAAGAUUUUAACUAAAAAUCAUACUGUAGUGAAAGAACAUAUACUAAAAAUAUGUUCUGCCUUAUGUAUAAGAUAAUACAGAAAAAUUUGGUCUUAUAAAAAGGCAAAUGGUAUAUAUAUAUGUAUGUGUGUGUGUAUUAUAUGGUAUAUUGUAUAUUUGGUGGUUAAAAAAGGGAAUAUUGCAUUUUCACAUUGAAAAGAAUACUGUGCAUUUUGAAGGUAUUUAGGGUUCUUUUAAUAUUCUAAUGCUUUAAAUGUAUGAUUUAAUUGUAGAAAUUGGUUUACAUAGAACUUUUCUGAAACACAUCUCUUAUGUAAAGUGAAUACAUUUAUAUAAUUGUAUGUAGUUAUUUUAGGUAAUUUAAACUUGAAUAGUGGUUUACUGUUUUCUAGAAUGCCUUCACAUGUUACUUCGUUUGAACCUCAUAAUCAGCUCUGUAAUAGAAAAGACAUGACAAAUUCCUGCUUUAGAUAAGAAGAAUCUGAUAUUGAGGUUGAAGGAUGUAUUUAAGCUCAUGAGGUCAAAAUGGCAGAGCUACUAGGAAGGAAAGAAGACAGACAGCAUUGAUGAAUGCUUACCAUGUGCUAGGCACUACAUUCUUUCACUGUUAACCCAGUCUUAGAGGUAGGUAAUAUACUUCUUAGGAAAGAAAUGGGUGGACAAAACAAGAAGAAAAUUAAUCUGCCUAUAAUUUCUAGAAGUAUAUGACAUUUUUUAGAUUGGGAAAACCUCAUGGAUUUGGGCAAACUGAAUGUAUAUAAGCUUUUGAAGUUGGCACAAAAAGUAUAAAAUGAGGCCUGUGGUUUUUAGUUGAUCUUUCUAUAACUUUAAAAUCCAUUUAUUUUGUAACUAUACUUAAAAUUUUGAAUCUCACAAUUAAGUUUAGCCUCAUUGAGAAUUUUUUAUUUUAUGAGUAUAAUUUAUUGUUUUAAAUUAAUUCUUUAGCAGGUAGAACUUAGCACUUAAUCUGUAAAUUGAGUAAUUUAUCAAGUGCAGAAAUUUAUUAACCUAAUCAGUUUUGACUUAAAUGCACCAAAGAUUUUUAGUAGGUAUUAAACCAUUUUAAAAGAAUUUAAAUUCUUUGUUGUUUGAAUAAAUAUUUGUCCAAAGAAGCACAGUUGAAGUCCUAGGAAAAUGGAUUUUUAAAAAAAUCAUUAGUUUGAAUACUAAGGUUAAAUAUUAGAUGUUUGUGUUUGUUUGUAUGUAUAAAAAUAAGAGCAAAAGAAAGUACUCUGGGAAUAGACUGACAAACCAUUUGCAGUAAGAAUACUGUUUUCCUCAAUUUAAUUGAAUGUUAUGUUUUUUAGUGAACACUAUUAAAUGCUAAACAAGCUUAUUUUUCACACUACAUUUCAAAAUCAUUUUUGCCUUAGAAUUUUUUUAGAUCAAGUUGAGGUUAUUUUUAUAAGAUGCCCAACCUAUUUUUUACAGCCUAUAAUACCUUUUAAGGUUAGGAUUUCUUCCUCAAGCCAGCAGGAUAAAACCAACAACUAUAAAAGUAGUAAAUAAUCUCUACACUUAAGUAAUCGACAUUUAUUGUGGAGAAAAGAGGAGUAGCAAAAAACGUUAUACAUUGGUGCUUUAGAAAAGUGAUGAUAGGUUUAUAAAAUAAGUACAUUAAUAAUUUUCUGUCAACCUUUAAAAUAAUGUCAAAACAUCUCUGUAGAGUAAGUAAUGAAGUAUUAGAUAAGGGGUAAUAUAUAACAUGAUCUUUUUGCCUUUCUGCAGUUGCAAAGAAGCACUGAAAUUGGUGUCUAUAAUGGUGAACUUUCUUCCCACUGUCACUCCAGUAUAUUAUUGAUGAAAAGUCAGAUCUUGAGCUCUAGCUCUUUGACAGUGUCCUUUUAUGCUGUCUUUCUUUGUGCCUUUUCAGAGUGUUGUUGGUUAGACUUGAAGUUAGAUUGUACUUGUUAAUAAAUGAUUUUUAUUUUGCUUUUGGUUUGGCUUUGGGAUUUGUUGUUUAGGGGCCUUAUUUUUGUGUUGCCUGCUGGUUGGGCAAUAACUUUUUUGGUUGGUUAUUGUUUAUGUAGGAAAAUUGGCACUAAAUACUAGAAAAAAAUUUGGUUUUAUGAUUUAUAUACAAUUUU